AUUACGGAACCCCUCCCCUCGAUCAAGUACUAGAGAAGCGAAAGAAGAACGUUCCUCCCAUAGUCCCACUCCAGGGCCCUUUUCUAUUUCAUUAGAAACUGCAAAAUUUUCUUAUUAGCCAACAAUUUUCAGAGAAAUGUUAAGAAUUCUCACUUGGUCACGGUCCUCCCUCAGGUCCCGAUCUCAACUUUCUCCUUCUUCUUCAUUUUCCAUUCUUUCAUCAUCAUACUCAACUUUGAACCAAGGCUCCGAAGACAAUCAAAGCACCGCCGGUUCAGUUUUCAGCAGGGAUCCAUCUGACCCACCUCGCCUUUUCGUCGUCCAGCCUCGUGUCCGUCCCGCUACUUUCUUGCAGGCCAAACUCAACGAGGCUCUUUGUUUAGCUAACUCCCUUGAGGAACAACGUGAUGGCUACUUUCAUUCUGAUUUCUUCGAUAAGGAGUUGCCUCCUCAUGUUGUUGUCCAAAACCCUUCUCUUAAAUCUGCCAAAAUCCGCGCUGACACGUAUUUUGGACCUGGAACUGUAGAAAACAUCAAAUGCCAUUUGAAUGCUCUGGAGUCCAAGGAUGGAGUUGAUGCUGUUUUUGUCAAUACCAUCCUGUCUGGAGUACAGCAACGUAAUUUAGAGCGAAUUUUGGGAAAACCUGUCUUAGAUCGUGUUGGCCUUAUAAUAGAAAUAUUCAAUGCUCAUGCACACACUAAGGAAGCCAAGUUACAGGCUGAGUUAGCAGCUCUUAUGUACAAGAAGAGUAGACUUGUCCGUGUACGUGGGCUGGACGGCCGCAAUACGUUUGGAGCUAGUGGAGAAGUUGAAGUUGUUAGUGCACGAGGGAGAGGAAGUGGGGGUCGUGGUUUCAUCAGUGGUGCUGGAGAAACUGAACUGCAGCUUCAACGCCGAAGAAUCUUGGAGCGGCGGAAUCAUUUGUUAUCCCAGAUUGAAGAGGUUCGCCGUACCCGAGCUGUGCAACGUGCAGCUCGUAAGAAACGAGGUGGACUUGAUGGCCGAGGUUUAGCUACUGUUGCUGUUGUAGGAUACACAAAUGCUGGGAAGUCUACAUUAAUUAGUGCACUCUCAGAUAGUAAUCUGUAUAGUGAUGCAAGAUUGUUUGCAACAUUGGAUGCUAGAUUAAAAAGUGUUGUUCUUCCUUCAGGGAGGAAAGUGCUUCUUAGUGAUACUGUGGGAUUCAUAUCUGAUCUGCCAGUACAGUUGGUGGAAGCAUUUCAUUCAACCUUGGAAGAGGUGCUGGAGGCUAACCUCCUUCUGCAUGUAAUAGAUUGCACUGCACCUAACCGUGAUGAACAUCGGUCCACGGUGUUGCAAGUUCUUCAGCAAAUUGGAGUGUCAGAGGAGAAGCUUCAGAACAUGAUUGAAGUCUGGAACAAGAUUGAUUAUGAAGAAGAAAUGGGUGCUGGUGAAUAUAUGGAUGAUGGUGAAGAUGUUGAGAUGAGCAAUUUCUCAGCUGCAGAAGAUGGUGAGACUAAAGAUUCUCCAGGAGAAGAUUGUGAUGUGGCAUUUGAGCUAUUAGAUGGGAAAUCAGUUGAUGGUAGUGAUGCAUUGAAGCCUUCACUUGGAGAGCUUCAACAGACCAUGGAUGACAAGCAAGACGAUUACUCUGAUGGCUGGCUGUUGUCAGAGGACGACACUGCGGAUGACUACUGGAAUACCCUGAAUGAACAGCAGCAAGCUGAGACCUCCAAUGAGUGUAAGGUGGAAAAAGAUUCCGAAUCUCAACCUCAGCAUGUUCCUCAUGUCAAAGUGUCGGCACUAACCGGCGUGGGCUUGCAAGAACUAUUGGAACUUAUAGAUGAAAAGCUCAAGGUGCAAGAUGACCAGCUGAAGUCUGAAAAAGUAGUGGGAAACAGUUACAUCGAUCGAAAAUGGAGGCCCCCUCGAAAAGAGGAUGAAGAGGUAGCAGUUGAACAAUAAACAGCAGGCAAAUGCAGUUCAUUUUCUUCACCUCUGGUGACUGUCAGCAUAUCACACACACCAUCAUCAAAAUACUGGUGAAAGCCCUGAUGGCACAGAUGAUGAAUAAGCCGGAGAGCAACUUGAGAUGAAUCUCACCGUUUCCCUAGGUCGAGUUCAGAGUUAUGGAUCUCCCAAUGAAGACAGAGUUUCCAGGCAUUGGAUUAUGCUGCAUGAGAGCUCAAACUUUGUUGUAUAUUUAAUGUAGAAUGUGAUGCACUUCCUUUGCUUGCAAAAUUGUACUUAUUAAAAGGUUUGAAUCCCAAAUCUUUAGAUUUUGUGCACACGAACAAUAAUAAAAAUCAUAUUAACCCAAA